GUGGAAUCGGCGGCUGCAUGCCGGCUGCCGGUCAUAGCACCGCCACCAGAACCGCCCGCAAGAGAUAUCAUACUGUGCUCACGAAUGGUGGAUGUGCAGGAGGAGAGGCCGCAGUUCGCGGCUUCUUUGAUAGUCAACUGGGAGGAAGAUCGUUACACCAUCAAGCACGUGCCUGCUGCGGAGUUUGACGAGGCAUACGGGGUUCUAUUCUCACUGGUCACCGGGCCAAUGCCCGACAGCAGACGCAGGCACGUGCGGUCCACGGUCAAACGCGUCGCAAACACGCUCAAUACACUGGAUAGGCAGCAACCACGUGGCAGCGAUGAGUUGGAGUUCGUGCACGAGCACACAUUCGACGACCCAGCGACGUCACACGACCACAAAGCCUAUGAUACGGCGUUAGUCACUAAGCCAAUGGGCUGGACGGAUGUGGAUACGAUGCAGAAGCUGUAUGGAGCGGUGCUGGCAGAAAUCAAUAGUGAUUGAUGAGUAGUUCAUUAGUGCAUGAGGACUUGAAUCUCUGGAGUAUGGAGCGAGUAGUCGUUAGCUGGAUAUUCGGAACUUAUUGACACUAGAGGUGUAUUUUUACCAGUAGAGAUAGUCGGGUAGCGUGGGUUUGCGAAGAGGUUCCUCAGGCGCAUUGCGGGUGCGACGCGUGUGCUGGAGACGUAUUAGCCUGUUGGUGUCUAUUGCAAAAUGACUAUAAUGUAGCACUAUACUGUAGCACAACGUCCAUGGGGCAAACAUGUGUCAAGCAGAUAGUAGCUUUGCUGCAGAGUGUUAUGUGGGUUCGGUGUAUUGUAUCGAAUCCAUGACUCAGAAGACCGAGAACCCCCUGUGCAAAUAGUUCGAUUCAGUUGUGUCUAGUACAUGCAUAUCUUGGGUCAGAAGCUACAUUAGGAGCGACUAGGUUGCAUUGCGUUCGAACUGCCUGCAGGGCUUGUAAAAUGUAUACACUACAGAUACAUAUGGUGUGAUAUGCCAGCACCCGUCAGUAGAAAUUAUUCGUCAGUGGUUUUGACGGGCCGAACCCCCGAUCCACUAUAUGAAUUAUACUAUGGUUUUCAUUUUCACUUAGCCAAAGUUCAGCGAAAUCUUUCGGGCAAUGAACCUAUAUGUAUGUAGUCAGUCGAUAGCUAGUUGAAUAAGUAUCUGGCAUGAUGAAUUGGUCAAUGUAUACCAAUGGUUCCUUACUUACCGACGAAUGUAAUGCCAACCAAUCCGAUGCCAUCGGGGCCGGAGUGCGCUGUUCGCUCGCGGAAAUGAAAAUCAAUACGUUAGGAGAAAGCUCCAUCCUGGCACCUCUCAUUUCGAGUACCACUCAUACUCUUGAGAUUUUAGUCUCGUUUUUCCUCAUAUGCAUGAUACACUUCGCAGAUCACGAUACGUCUUCCGAUCACUUCUUCGAAAUAGGUGCUCAAGGAGAUCAAGAUAUACAACAAUAGUCUGGAGCCGUACCGAAUGUUCGAUACUUCACAAUAUCUAUCAUGAAAGGAGAGAGCUUUUGUUCUGGGCCAGGUUCGUUGAGCAUCUUUGGCAUAGGAAGGCUCUACUUGGCUGCUACAACUCUUGUCAUUAAAAUAGAAACGCGGCGUAUGACAUUCGUAUGUGUGGCGAGAGAGCAUUUUGACUGAAAUUAAAAUCCAGAUUCGUUACUGCUGAACUCAUGGC